AUGCCAAGCGAUGCAGAGUCGGUGGACACGCGGUGGGGCCCCCUGACGGUGACGGUGUGCGGCGAGCGCGGGCGCACGCCCUGCCUGACGCUUCACGACGUCGGGCUCAACCACCGCUCCUGCUUUCAGAGCCUGCUGCUGGCCGCCGGCCCCAAGUCGCUGCUCAGCAAAAACUUCUGCUUCUAUCACGUGGAUGCCCCCGGCUGCCAGGCCGCAGAGGCGGAGACGCCCGCCUCCUUCCUGCCGCUCACAUUGGGCAAGCUGGUGCAGGCGCUGGCAGAUGUGGUGCGCCACUUCAAGCUGCGCGAGGUGCUAGGCAUGGGGGUGGGGGUGGGCGCCUAUUUGCUCACCCAGCUGGCGGCUGAAAACCCAUCGCUGUUCUGCGGCCUCAUCCUGGUGUCGCCGUGCUGCCAGCGUCCGGGGUGGUGGGAGUGGGCGUGGGGCCAGGUGGCCUGCCGCCAGCUGUCCUACCAGGGCUGGGGCCCCAGCGUCAAAAAGUACUUUGUGCAGCGCCUGUUUGGGGAGCUCAUGCAGCAGGCGCUGGGCGGGGAGUCGGACCUGCUGCAGGCCUUCCGCCGCGAGUGUGAGCAGCUGCCGCCGCUGGCCGUGUGCCACUACCUGCGGGCCGCUCUGACGCGGCCCAGCAUCAGCCACCUGGUGCCCUCCAUCCGCUGCCGCCUGCUGCUGCUGUUUGGCGGCGAGGCGCUGCACAAGGAGGACUGCGUGGAGCUGGCCACGCGGGCCAGCAAGGACCGCUUUGCCUUGCUGGAGGCCGGCGUGUUUGCGAACGAGGAACGGCCGCAAGAGCUGGUGGGCAUGAUUGAGUCGUUCCUGGUGGCGCUGCAGUUGGAAGGCUACGGGUUGGGCCCAGGCCUGGUGGUGGGCGAGUGA